UCACUAAAUAAUGUGCAUAUCGUCUAUAAUGAUGAUUAAAGCGUUAUUCUAGGACUAUUACGAGCUAAAAGGCUCUAAACUCACUACUUAUCUAUCAAUGCUAAACUACAGGCUAGUUUCAACGCACUUCUUGAAGCAGCCGUAGAUUGUUGGACAUUAAGCUCUUCAUAGACUGCUCGUGUUGUAACAGUAUGUGCCGGGACCGCGAUAUGUUGAGGCAGAGUUGUGAGAUCAUCAAAUAGAAACUCUGUGGUGUUUAACACUUUAUAAUCUGUAUUUUAGUGAAUAGUUUACCGCCAAAACGGCGCUCGUAUCCGCGCUGCCGUUUCGUUUUGUUUCUUUCAUUUUGUUUUACAUCAAAGGAUAAACAAUAGCCCGAUAGUUUAGUGAUUGGUUGUGGAUUAUCACACGGGGUCUCGCCCAGGUUUGGGCCCCAGAGGAACCCUGGCAAGUCGAAGUCGGGACAACAUUUCCAGAAUUCUUAACUCCAUAGUAGGCGCUGCGAGAUACUGCAUUAAACACAUUUCGGCCGGUUACUUUUGGAAAUUGGGGAUUUAUUUUCGAGGGUAGUCUUAAAAGUGAAGCAAACAUGGUACUAUUGGAAAUUGAUCAGGGUUUCGGCACACCAUCCGAUUGCUCGAGCGACCGUCGCAUUGUAAUUACCUCAAACGGGUGGCGUGCGCAGUGCUGCGAGCAGGAUCGUGAACGGGGGAGUGAGAGAGAAGAUAUGGCAGCUCCUGAGUGUGAACGCGAGGCCCGUAAACGGCGGGAACGCCGCGAUUCAGGCUGUGCGCAUGAGCGCAAAGAAAGAAGACCGCACAGUGAAGAACGACUCCCACCUCCUCCGCCGCCACCACCGCUACACGAUUAUAAUCGGCUUGAGUCUGAACGUCGUGCAGAAAGGCUGUCUCGCGCACGAAGACCUCAGUUCGGAAAGCGACGCCGCGCGCCUGCCCGCCUCCCGCGACAGCCCAAGGAAAAUGAUUAUUUGUCCGCAGAGGAUUCCCGCUGCGGAACCCCCCCGCACUUUGAAUACGUUGUUCAACAGAAACCGGAAUUAUGUGAAGAAAGUGAGCGCUCCCAAAGCUCUCGCCGCGAAGAAGCCGAACACGCGCGGAGAGACGAGCGAAGCGUGCCGCCGCGGCGCACGCAGCCCAGUCCCGAUAGACGACUUGAGAAAAUUAACAAGAAGAUUGCCGUUCUCAAGAAGUCAAUUACCAAAUACGAGAACGACUUCGAAACCCAGAAUGGUCGUGCUAUAUCACCCGGCGAUCGAAUGACUGACGUCCAACUGACGCGAAUGCAUGAGACUUUGCGGCGCUUGCAAGCGGAAAAGCGUUGCAUUAAAGCGGACCCCGUGGAAUACGCGCUUAAAGUUCAAGCCGCUAAAUUGCAGAAGGAAAGAGACGAGAAACUGGAUGCAGCGCUGAAAAGCGACAAAUCAAUGGCAGACGUGGUGCGGGACAUUGAGGAGUGGAUAGACGGGUGCCGUCAAGUCGCCGGUCGCGUUAUAGCUUCCGAGUCCACCUGGACGUCAGCCCAACUGGCCGCAGAGAAGGCGUGCGUGCAGCGCGCCCUGCUGCGGCUGGAGGCGGCGAGGGGCCGGCCCGCCGCCAACACCGCGGAGCGCGGCGCCGCCAGACACCUCUAUGAGCGAUACCGAGCUGUGAAACGAGCUCUGCAAUCCAGAUCCGAUAUAAUGGGAACUAACGGUGAGCUGGCGACGAUUCAUGAACACGAGACGAUGUUGUUCACGAGCGUCGAUAGCUCUAGUGACUCACAAGAGAAACCGUCAGACUCGUCUCAGGAAACGGGGGAAAGUCCGCUGCAAUCACCUCCAAUACGCGAGGUGGUGGAGGAGAUGCCGUCAUCCACUUCUUCAGCGAAGUCAGCUACUAGCGAAGAAACGCCUUCCAAUGAGGGGUUGCACUUCCUCGGCUUGGAUGAACUGGCCAGAGCCCUCUCUGAAGCCAAGAUGCAUAAAUGUGUCCUUCGCCGAACAAUAAAGGAGUACGAGUUAAAUUUCGAAAUGCAGAACAGCAGGAAAGUGCAAAGUGAUGACAAGAAGGGCAGAGAGGAAGAAUACCAGAGAUACAAAGCUAUUAAGGCUAGGAUCAAACUGUUGAACGCGCUCAUCAAUAAACAAAAAGGCUUGUUAAAAGGCAACAGAGGUUGAAUUGAACGUUGUUUAAAGGUGGCACUUGCAAUGUUAUAGAUAAAGAACAACGUUCGAUGAAAAGCAAAUAUAAUGUACUCUGAUCUUAGAGGGUACGAAGUUAAAAGUACAAAGGCAUUUGGCCUAAGAUUUGUAUUGCAAAGAUGUGUAACUGUAUUUAUUUAGGAGUCUAAUAUUUUCUAUAAUUUAAUGACACCUUUAAUGUACAAGUGUUACAGAUUAAAUAACUUGCCGCAUGCGAAGAUUAAACUCUAUAAGCUGUAGUUAAGUAGUGCAUUAUUUUGAUAUGUGUGAAAAAUUUUUCAUGGCGACUUGUAAACAGACAUCAUGAUAUUACGUAGGUUUGUAUGACACAAAGAUUAUUAAAAUAGGUAAUGCAUAUGUUAUGUUAAUAUUAACCAUAACGUAAAUUUUGAACUCACUUUACUGUACUAUAGUUGAAGUAAAUAAGUACACACGUAGUUCUGAAAUAAUGUGAAUGAGUUCGAAGUAUUUGAUGGAGCAGUGCCAAUUUCGACAGCAUAGGUCGUAGGUACUAGGUACUAACAGUACCAAUGUAUACAUACCUACGCCAUAAAUAUGCCUACCUACAUUUUAUUACGGUUUAUUUCGGAUAAUUUUGUACACAAUGUACACUAAUCAUUGCCUGUUAUUGAACAAUCCUCAUGUAAAUAUCAUCAUUUAAUAAUUAUUAACGAUUAACGUAAAUUUAUAAUUUAAACGAAUAAUGUUUUUAUUAUUGUUAAUUAUCGUGAUUACAAUGUCGUUAUAUUAUUUACUACAAUAUAAUCUCAAUAAUCUUACAAAUGUUUUUUUUAAUUCGACAUAUUAUUUUUUAAUUUGUAAAAGAAAUAUGAUACCAUUAUAGCACUAGAUAGUAAAUACGACUGAAAACUAAAUAACUAUACUACUAAUGAGAUCUAUUGUUAAAAUUUAAAAUGGUACAAACUGAAAAAUUAUAUUAUCACAAGUUUCUUUUUAUAAGUGGUUAAUUGUUAGCGCUCUUUUUGAAAGUCUUUUAUAAAUGUACUAUAGCUAUGAUAGUACAUAGUGUUAAUUAAUAUAAGGGCGCGCGAUUAUAACCUGAUGAUAAAAAUAUUAUUGUGAAUAUAUGAGUGAUGUCCGUUUCUAGUUAAAAUGAGCAAAUGUUUUAAUCAGCUUUAACAUAAGAUCAUUAAUAAAGAUUGUAAAUGUUAUGUGGCAAUUGCCAUUGUCUCUGGAUACAAUAUUUAAUCUACGGUUGAUAUAAUCUGUGUUUCCCCUUUUUCGCUCAUAAUAUGUUUUUCAUAUAAAAGGAUGUUACACAGAGCAAAACUCGACCUUUUUAAAUAGGUACUUAUUUCUUUGUAAUUUUGAUUGUAUAAUUGAUAUAUAUU